UCUCCUACCGACUCUCUCUACGUUUCACUUUCAUCUAAGUGUGAACGGAAUCGCGUCGAUUUUCAUUGUGGCGAGUUUUUUCUUUACUUUAUAAUUAAUCUAGCCAGUUUAACAUGAUUAUUCAAUAAUAUUGUUUGAAAAAAGACUAUCUCUCGAACAUGUAAUAUCCAUGAAAACUAAGUCAUGCAUUGAUUGAACACAUAAACGAUUGGCACAUAUGCAGGAAUUUCUCUUUCAAAACAAUGACAACGAUAGUGAAAACUGUAGUCAUGCGGAUACUGCUUUUGCUCAUUUUCUAUGAAAAUGCAACAAGUUUAAUUAUACCAGAAGAGCUGCCGACCAUACUGAGUUUGAUUUAUUCGAAUAUAGCACCCAUAAAGAAAGGAACCGAUUCCAGACUUGGUGUAGGUUUUCGAUUAGGUGAACAUGCGGAUUUUCAGAUCCUCAUUGAGUUGGGUCCACAAACUGAGACAGAUGAGAUAGGUACAUCUAACGAUGCUAAAAAACGACGUGACGUGAUGUUUGAUGCCGCGAUGAGAGGAGAGCUAGGAUCAUUGGCUCAACAAAUAGCCAAAUAUCAAAUGAAACGUAGAAUCGAAAAAGAAAUGGAUAAAUUUAAAGCAAUGGACGUGAAAUUUAAAAAGAAUCAAACGGAAAAAAAACAGGACGAUGAAAAUAUUGUCUUUAAUAAUUGGUUAACAAAAUGGAGGGAAGAAAUAUCACAAUCAUCAGAGAAUAAUAUUCCAUUAAAUUCAGAGCAAAACAAAGAUGGAAAAAUAAUUCAACAAAGAAUAAUUCAACAAGGAAAACCACCAGCUAAAUCUGAUAUUCAAAAAGAUAAAUUCGAAGAAUUAUUAAAAUUAUAUAAGCUACAAAAUAUGGAUAACAAGGAAAUUUCGUCAUAAAUCAGAUAUUGAUACAAACUGUUUUCGCGAUUAUUAUAUUUGUCUAUCUAAUUAAUUUCUUUCUUUUCUUACAAUGAUAGAUAAUAUUAUAAUACAUACGUAUACAUAUAAUAAAAUUUACAAUGAAUAUGUUCUUUUAAAUAAAGUCUUAUAUAUACAGGGUGUUCGGAGUCAAUCGCAUCACCCGUCGUGUGCAGGUAGAGCAGAUGAAACUGAGAAGAAAAGUCCUGUAUCAUUUUUUUCUAUAACGCUUAAUAAAAGAGUUAUUAUUGAGUGAA